AUGCUGUACCGUGCUGUACUGUCUGUCGUUGUGUUGGCUACCCUUGGAUCGGCUUGUGAUGUUGCGUGGCCAAACAAAACCGAUACAACCCUGAACUGGUUCCCGUCGUGCUCGAGCCCGAGUACGCUUUACGGUAUCAAGGCCCAGGACCAAUCAGGGAAAGCCGAAUACCCAAUUAGCUUGACUGCUCCAUUGGUGAUCGUUGCGGAUAUCGAAACGAAGAGGCAAUACCAAUCCCCGGGUCUGAAGCAGACGAUCAACCUCUGGUCCUGGGGAUCGUUCGCUGGAUGCACAUGGAGCGCCGUCCCUACCCUUGGGCUCUUGAAGGACCUCGACGCAUGUACCAACGGUGUCCCGUGCCCAGUCAAACCCGGCCGACAGACCCUCCCCAUCACGAUGGACUUCACCGGAUAUGACGCCAUCAUCAAGCUGCUCAAGGACGACUCCCCCUACCAACUCGAAAUGAUCCUCCACGACCAGGCAUCCGGAGACCAGACCUGCGUCACCGCGCAAGCCCGCACCUACACAAAGCAACAU